CACUGAGCCGCAGCUGUUAUCCCGUUUUUUGGCAACCUGGCGCAGGAUGUCGAGAUUAAUCAGCGUGAUUUUUCUCACCAUAAAGUAACCAGAGUCUGUGUUUCACGUCAAGAUGCGACACAGGUCCCUCGGGAACCAGAGCAGGGAUAAGACAGAGUCCCACGGGAAGGGAACCACACGUGGGAUAAGAUGAAACUCCACCCCCGCGACGCCGCCCUUAUCGCCUAUUGAUGUGCGAGGGGCGCUAAUCAGUGACCCUCCCCUUCAGGAGCACAGACAAUGGCACUCGUCUCACACCCAUAAAUGAGGAGCCUCCGUCACGCUGACUUACUCUGCCCUGGAUGACUGCCCGCCUGGUGACUCCUCGCUGCGCGGCGCUCCUCCUCCUCCUGACGGUGGCGGGAGGAGGCUGGUGCCAGACGCUGCUGCUCGACCCUGCGCCGCGCGCCUGCCGCACCCAGGACAAUGCCGCCGCCGGCGCCGUCUUGUCACAGGGGCGCCGCAACGAGUACCCGGCAGGGGGGGUGCUGAUGCUGCUCGCCAAGGUGCCCGCCGGACUCUUCGGCAGCCUCCAGGUCUUCCUGUGUCCUGACAGCGACGCGGAGGUGGAGUGUGAGGACAGGGUGCCGCUGGAGCUGGCGGACGGUUCCGGGACCAGCUACAGCCUACAGAAGGUUCCUCGCACCGACAGGUACGAGAUCCCGGUCAUCCUGUCCAACCACAUCACCUGUCCGGCCUGCACUCUGCAGGUGCGUGUGCUGACCCGCGACUGUGCCGAGGCAGUAGAGGCGCCCUGCCCGGAGAAGGAGGUCACCUUCUGCUCCGACAUCACCAUCAGGGACAUCAAGUUACCUGCAUGGCGCUCUAAACUGAAGGGAAUGGUGCAGGGUUGGAAGCCCGGCAUGAAUAAAGUGUCUGCUAAGGUUAGGGAGGCGCGAAAGGUUAUGGGCAAAAUAAAAAAUGUGAUGAAAGAUUUAUGGGUGCAAUUUUUGCACCCAUAAAUAUAUAUGGUUCUAUUAGAAGCACUGGUGCUGAAACUUCUCUAAAGGAGGACAAAGAAGACUUGUACUGCUUCAACAAAACGGCCUGACCACAUUGACCGACCUGAGAAACCAAAUCAAGACUCUCCCACCUUUGCUAAGCAUACUUUCAUUGGCAUCGUUGUUUAAUCACAGUAUAAUUAAUAUCUUUGAACUCAUUCAAUCAAACCAGAGCAACUAGGGGAAAACUCAUGAUUCCGGUUAAUAAAUCUUUGCA